AAGACGUUUGUUUGCUGAAAUCUGGUAGAUCAAGCCAGGCAUAUGAACUAGUAACACGGAAGUGACGUGACGUGUUUUUUCGAAACAAACCACCUGUUUUUUUUUUAUUAAAGCCGGAUGUCACAGAGGCUGUGCCAGUGUAACGCGUCUGUAUGAGCGGUACUAAACCACAGAGCCUCGUCUUUUUGUAAACUUAUCUUUCUUUGAGAUUUUUAGUCGUAUCUGUUGCAGUUAAAUUGUUAUAAUCCAAUAUUUUAUUUUGAAAAACAACGAGGUGAGGCGUGAUGAACCACAAAAUCCCAGUGGAGUAGAAGUUAAAGUGUUUAUAAGUCCUUUCUGUGCAUGAGAGGCUUUAAGGUACGAGUCUGCAUGAUUCUGUCUGUGUUAUGAAAAUGACUUUUGGGAGCUCAGCUUUUCUUAUCGUCUCCUUUACCAGGGCCCUUGUUUUUUUUUUUUAUAGAUUUUGUACUCUCAGCACGUGCGAGUUGUCUGUAUUACAGUUUUAUGAUUCCUAAAUUUUGAGCGCAAACGCAGCUUCCUAAGAGAUUUCAGAGAGAUAAUGUGUCUCUUCACCUGAGCAUCAUCGGUCCACAACGCGGAAAAAGCUUCCCAAACUCUGCAGCUGAAGCUCUUUAUGUGAAUAUAUGGACAUGGCACAGCUGCAUGUGGAAACCGAUGGAAUCUUAAAGUCUGAUGACUAUUUGGAAUAUGGCCAGAACAACACCAAUGAUUAUGAUUACGAUGCAGCGAGUACAGUGAAUAGCCCUACAGUGUUUACAGUGUUUAACAGUACAGUGGAUAAUGUUCCUGUGGAAAGAGGGAGUGAGGCAGUGUGGGUCCCUGCUCUGUAUGCUGUAGUGUUUUUUGUUGGCAUACUGGGAAAUAUUAUUCUCCUGACAGUUCUGGUUCAAAAGAGAAGACUGUGGAGCCUAUCGGACACCUUUAUUCUCCACCUGAGUAUCGUGGACAUCCUCCUCCUGUUAAUGCUGCCCUUCUGGGCUGCACAGACAAGUCAGCUUUGUGACCGGUUUUGGGGAAUUUUGAACCGGGUCUUUGGGGUCGUUUUCAAGCUCAACUACUACUGUGGGAUCUUUCUGCUGCUUUGCAUCAGUCUUCAAAACUACCUCUCUGUCAUCCGUGGCAUCCAGUUGUAUUCCCACGGGAGGCGCUGGUUAGUUCAUAUCAGCUGCCUGUUAGUCUGGCUUAUCUCUGUCCUCCUCACUGCACCUGACUGGAUUUUCCUGGUGGGUAAAAAUAAUUACACAGAAGAUAAUACUUGUGUUAAUAUCUACCCUCAGUCUGGAACUGACUGGCAGUUGUGGUCACGCCUGCUACACCAUAUAUUUGGCUUGGUGCUACCUGGAAUCAUGUUGAUGAUCUUUUGCUCACAUAUGCUACGGCAGCAGUGCAGCUGUAAUGGCCUCCCAAUCCAGAGAAAUAUCACCGUCAUCCUGUCUCUAGUGGUCGUAUUCUGUCUGUGUUGGAUGCCGUACAACUUCAUACUCGUUUUGGACACUGUCAGGAACAGACUUCAGGAUCCUCCUAACGAUUCACAUGAAGGUUCUGAAAGUUCACUAAAAACACUUCUCAUGGUCACCUCUGCUAUAGGCUGCCUUCACGCCAGCCUGAGGCCUCUGCUGUAUCUCGGCCUGUGUGGAAACUUCAGGCAACACUUACUGGCCAUGCUGAGAUGUAAUAAAACUGAACCAAAAGGCUCUCUCUGGGAUCUUGGUGUAGGCCAGAGACAGCAGCCUGAUCGCGGUCAGGUUCAGCAGGAAGAGCUGGAACAGAUGAUGGUUGUAGAGAGUCAGUUAGCUUAGUGAAGAUGAACAGAGAAACAUGCUCUCUUCUGACUCAGAUGUAAGUAGAACAACUUUACACUCCGGAGAGGAAGUGAAUGGAGUUUCAUGUCAUGAGUUCAAGGGGUGGAGGAUGUUAUUCUGUGUAACUGACAAACAGAUGUUUAUAUAUAAAAAAAAUGACUCUCACAUUGCGGACAUGCAUCAUGGUGACAUAUGCUCACCCAAAAGGAUCAAAAGUAGAUAUCUGUAAGUAUCUGUAUGAUCAAGACGACGAGCUGAAACAGAUGAUGGCUGUAGAGAAACAGUCAGUUUAGGGAAGAUGAACAGAGAAACAUACUCUUUCAUGAGAGAGCUCACAUGUGAGCAUGAUGAUGUUACUGUCAUGGUACUGGGUCAUUGACCCACAAUUUUGAGUUUAUUUAGGUCCAUGAUGUAUUUUGUAGAAUGUGUUUUUGCAUCGUUUGGUCUUGUUCUUUCUUUAUAGAGUUAUUGCCAUUCUUAUGUUCAGUUUGAAGCCCUGAUGCUAGUUUGUAGUCUAUUGAGUUUUCUUUUUCCUUUCGGGUCCUGUUUGCCUUGGUAUUGCCUCUGUGUGUCCUCCUCAGUAUCUCCUGCGUUAUUUUGCCUCCCAGUGGAGUCUGUCUUGUCUUGUUUAUUUGCCUGUUUUGUCACGGUCCCCGUGCCUCACCGGCUGAUUCCAUGUUAGGCAACAUGUCUUUGUUUUUGUUCUCUCUCUCUCUCUCUCCCCCUCUUUCCCCUGCCACGGCGAUGCUCACUGCGGGCUCCGCACCUGGCCCACGCACCUGUGCUCAUCAUCACACCUGUCACUGUUUACUACAAUCAGAAGGGCUUUUUAAGAUGGCAGACCUACACUACUCGUCGCUGGAACGUUGAGUCACCCGCGUUAGUGCUUCAGCAAUCUGCUUAAGUCAGUGAGUUUCCCUGUGAUGUAGUGCUAAUUGGAUUUUCUGUGUGUGUGCAUAGAUUCCCCCCGGACCCGUCCCUGUACCCCCGAGUGAGCGAGAGAAGCGACUGGUGGAAAAGGAGUGGGAUUGUUGGGUGAAAGAGCAGAGUGUGGUUUUGGACCCUUCCCCUUCCCCCCUGGAGCCCCGGACCCCUUUCCCAAGCACCUUGUAUAUAUAUUCACCCGGUGACACCACAGUUUCUGCAAAGGUCUCCUGGUCUGCGACUGAGUCCGUUUACAAAACCGUGUCAUGUUUCCCCAGGCAUGUGGGCAUCUGUGCGUGUGUCUGGUUUCCCUCACCCUCUCUGACCGUCACUCUCUCACCCUCGUUCUGUGUCUCCCUAGUCGUGUCUCUGAGUUUCGUCUCCCUUUGCUUACAUGUCCUUGUCUUGUUCUCUGCGUGAGUGUAACUUCCUGUUUUAUUUUGACAGUACCUUAUCUCAUGUGUGUUAUGUUCAGUUUGGCUUCCCUUGUUUUGUUAGUCAGAUUUGUUCCUGAUGUCUUUCCACCUGUUGUCCAUCGUCUCCUUGUAUUUAAGUCCUCAGAUUGUUUCUGUUUGUUGUCAGUCUUUAUGUUGGUCCUCCUGUCAUGGAGGCUGAAGGGCAGCACUGGUAGUCGCCAGUAUUUUUAGUUCUUGAUUUCACUGUUGCAGCAUGGAUACUGGGAAUGUGCAGACAGGACACCGGAUGACAACAGCAUGUAGUGUUGUUUGUUUUUGUUGGCAGAUUUUAAUCCUGCUCUAAAUGUGUCUUAUGCUUAAAACUGAGGACUAGCAAUAAAAUAAGUCUUCAUUUAAAAUGUUUACUUUUUUUUAAUUUACGUAGCAGAUUUUUGCUCAAAAUGUGUGUUUAUGUCUAAAACAUUUUUUGUAGUUUUGCACAUGUUACAGUACACAUUUCUAAGAUUUAACAUUUUUUACAGUGUUAAGUUUUUUGUUUGUUUUCCUGACUUUUCCACAGAAAAGUCAGGAAAGGUAGCUGUGCAAGUGGCUACUUUUAGCAUCACACCUGACACCGUUUCUCCCAGAAUGCACUGUUCAGAAAGAUUCUUUCUGUGUCUCUAAUAUAUCUCUUAUGUCUUCUGCAGAUAUGCUUUGAUGUUAAUUAUUUCCUAUAUACCAAAAUGUACCAAAUACUUGACAGUUAUUCUGUUAUUGUCAGUCUUAUACAUAUUUUUGAAACAGUGUGCAAACAUGCUAAAUGAAUUGUGCAUACUAAAUGUAAAUUUAAAUGUGAAUUUAGUGCAUAAUUGUGAAAUAAAAGGAAAAAGAUACAUAAUGUU